CCCCUAGUGAUAACACAACAGUGAUCGGAAGCUGUUUUCAUCAGCCCCAUUCUGCGUUUUAAUGCUAACUCUGACUCCUUCUCCAUUCUAACCAUCAAUAUGAAUCGCUUCAACCCAGUCCUUCCGGUGGAUGAAUAUCUAGUAGAGACCAAUGUGCUUUUCUACCUCAACGAUGCCUUGACCCAGCUUUUGGAACAUAAAGAGGAAUACACCCAGUUUGGAGUGAUACGCUACUUUGCAGAAUAUUUCAGCAGUGUAAAGAACAGCAACCAUGUCCUCUUUCGAGAAUACAACUACAUCAAGGCUACUCCUCACAACCGAGCAUCAUUCAUUAAAGUCUUUUGGAGAUGUUUCAGACAGAUUGGCAGGAGUGGAGACGUUCUGUCCAUGCAGGAGUACAGCUCUGUGCUCCAGCUGCUGUGUCCAGACUUCCCAGUGGAGCUGGUGCAGAGUGCUGCCAGAAUUGUGUUAAUGGAUGACGCUGUUGAUUAUCUGAUGUCGUUUGCAGACUUCCUUUAUGCCUUUCAGCUGCUGUUUUAUUACCAUGAGUUUCUUGCGAGCGUCCUGACCAUCUACCAGGAUCUGUUGUUCGGUAAGAGCCCCAACACGGUGAUCGUGCCCACAUCGAUCGCUGUAGAGCAGCUCCCCCUGUUGGCCACAGAGGAGAACACCAGCCAGGAACUGCAGGAAGGUGUCGAGGCCUCUACGCUGGCUGAGUGCAUAAAUGGCCUCUGUGACAGGUUUAAACAGAGUUACCCCUCUAGGACCUGUAUGUUGGAUGUGCUGGAGCAAAGUCCCAAAGUCACAUACUACGGCUUCCUCAUGGGCCUGGCCAAACACGACGCUAUCAACACAGAAAUAGGUGCGCUACCCAACAGAUCAGAUGUGCUGGUUGACCCAGAGAUGGAUCAAGAGCUUCUUAAACUCAUAUCUCAGAUCUCCGCCAGCCCUGGUAGCAACAGUAGUGGCAGUGUUCCAGGGGGGCUGAGGGAGAGCCAGAAGAAAGCCUCCCCACGGAGGAACCUCCACCACAGGAGGAGGAUGGAGGUGGAGAGCGACGGCUCCACGGAGGAGACGGACUCCUCCGAGAGUUAAAUGAAAAGGACCACACCCAUAGCUCUCUAUGAACCACUUAAAGCUGCUGUGGGUAAGGUUUAAGAGCUAUGAUUUGAUUGAGCUCCUCAGCUUUAAGAGAGUUUAAUGUGCUGUGAGAAUAUCUGUUUCGAGUUGAAGGCACCUGCCUUUGUAGGAGAUAAUUUACACUUUUGAACGCUCCAGGCAGGUUUCUGACCAAUCAGGGCAUCUCUUCCCUGAUUUAAUGUAUCUGGCCUGUCAAACCCAGGUGUGUGAAAUGCAACAAUCCUCGAGGGCGGAGGCAGGGAACCUUUCUUGGUGGGGUAGUUUAGUUUCAAAAUCUGUCUCUCUUCUGCACUUUGCUAGUCUCUCUCUUGAUAACUCUUGAAUCCUACCUAAUACCUACAGGCAGCUUUUUAUAAAAAAUAAUAAUGUGGAACUGUUCAGCGAUGCCACAAAAUCAGAACUAUAUACUAAACUACUACACUAAUAGUUAUGAAUAAUAAUCCAUAUCAUUUCAAUGUACAGUGGUUUGUUUUGUUUGUUUGUUGCAUUUCUGCAAAUGUGUCUGCUGGCACAAAGGGUGUAGCAUAAAAGGAGAGGCAGGGUUUGUUGUGUUGAGAGGUCCCUCACUAACACCCUCGAUCAACUGAUCAUUCCCCUUUUUAUUAAGGACUGCUCUUGUCUUUUAAAAAAUACAUGAGUUUUUUACUUGAAUAAGUUAUUUUAGCGUUAAGAUUGAGUUGCAUGCAAUGCAUACACAUUUCACAAGCAGGCAUGUGCGAACUAUUGACGGUGAGAUGGAGCUCAAUGAAGCAUCAACGCUGCACACACUUAUCCCUCUGCUCGCCUGAGCGUAGAGACGACAUUCACAAUAUGUAUUGCAGCAAACAAGGCUUGCAAAUGAAUUGAUAAACAAAACUACUUUCAGAAAUGCCAAUAAAUUGUCAUUAACUAUUAAUGAA